AUGCGUCGUUCGCCGUCGUACCCUGGGUUCAAUCCUUCGAGAUGUCAGCAACAGGAAGUGGAAAAGGAAGCAAUUCGGUUGAUCAAGAAGGAGAUUCUAGCGUAUUCAGAUACGGUCCCCUGUAACUCUGUUCCUGGCUAUCAGAUUCCCUUGCAUCCCGUCUGCGAUUCUCGGCACCUCCUGCUCUUUGAUCUUUGUCCUCUCAUCUCCAACUACUAUCCAAAUCUCUUGCCUAUCAUCUUGGAUUGGCUAGUCACAGAAAGGAAAGGCAACAAACUAGGCUGCCGCAGUGCCGAUCGGUUGCCGAGCUAA